UGAGACAUUUUUCGGAUAGUCUAAGAUUAUAUAUUAUGGGCCGGGCAGGAUCAUCCGGGCUCAGGUCAUAUCUAAUUACAAUCCAAGUAGGCCCAUAGAUUUGACAUUGGAUGCAGAAAAACGCACCGCAAAAGCACGAGAUCUCUCCAAAAAAAAAAAAAAAAAAACAAAAGGAAACAAGAAGAUGGGCGCUUUAAAACCAUUGGCGCCUCACUAUUUUUAGCAGUACCUCUCGAUUACAAAUCCAUUAAACAACACUUAAUUUCUUCUCCUUUCUCAUUCAUGAAACUGCAUCUCUCAUUCCCUCUUUCUGUUUAUAAUAAAUGGGUUCUUUCCGUGUUCUUGAAUUUGGAUUUGAAAGAAAGGAAGAUCUAAAGAAAUGGCCAGGUUAGGACACACCAACCAUUUUUCAAAAAAAUCAGUGUUUCUUUUAUCAUGUGUUGGUCUUCUUGGGGCUCUUUUCAUUGUCGAUGUCCUUUGGACCUCUUCUUCUUCUUUGUCAAUUUCUUCUGCUUAUCAAUCCAUUGCUUCCAAUUGGGUUCUUGUGAAUCCUGGGAAUAAUGCUGUGCUACCCAAUAUCAGUGCCAGCAAAGAUCAUGAGAAAGAAGCACUUAAAGGUAGAAAGGACAGUGUUGGUGCUGAGAGGUUGUUGUCGGCAACUUUUGCUGAUUUACCAGCACCGGAGUUGGAAUGGGAGCAAAUGCCGUCAGCACCAGUGCCUCGUCUUGAUGGCUAUUCAGUACAAAUCAACAACCUUUUAUAUGUAUUUGUAGGAUAUGGCAACAUUAACCAUGUGCAUUCUCAUGUUGAUGUAUACAAUUUUACUGAUAAUACAUGGGGAGAGAAGUUUGACACCCCAAAAGACAUGGCCCAUUCACAUCUAGGAGUGGCAACCGAUGGAAGAUACAUUUAUAUUGUCUCAGGACAAUAUGGUCCCCAAUGCAGAACAGCUAUAUCUCUUACUUUUUCACUGGAUACUGAGACAAAGAUAUGGCGGAGAAUGCCUUCAUUACCAGCACCAAGGUAUGCUCCUGCUACUCAAUUAUGGAGAGGAAGACUACAUGUGAUGGGCGGCAGCAAGGAAAAUCGCCACACACCUGGAGUGGAUCACUGGAGUAUUGCAGUUAAGGAUGGGAAGGCAUUGGAGAAGGAAUGGCGAGCUGAAAUACCCAUUCCCCGAGGAGGGCCACAUAGGGCCUGUAUUGUGGUCAACGAUCGCCUUUUUGUAAUUGGUGGUCAGGAGGGUGAUUUUAUGCCAAAACCUGGAUCACCUAUUUUCAAGUGCUCCCGCAGGAAUGAGGUUGUUUAUGGCGAUGUUUAUAUGCUAGACUAUGAAAUGAAGUGGAAAGCUUUACCUGCAAUGCCAAAACCUAAUUCCCAUAUUGAGUGUGCCUGGGUAAUUGUUAACAAUUCUAUCAUCAUCACUGGAGGUACAACAGAAAAGCAUCCAGUGACCAAAAGGAUGAUCCUGGUAGGGGAGGUGUUCCAGUUUCAUCUGGAUUCACUGACAUGGUCAGUGAUUGGAAAGCUACCUUUCCGCAUCAAAACUACCCUUGCUGGUUUUUGGGAUGGAUGGCUGUACUUUACAUCCGGGCAGCGGGAUAGAGGACCAGAUAAUCCACAGCCUCAAAAAGUUAUUGGAGAAAUGUGGAGAACCAUAUUGCAUUUGUAAUCUCAUUUCUGUUACCUUUAACCUUUAUCAUCGCAUUGUAGCUUUUUCCUCUUUUUUAGGAAUUUUGUAAUUAGUCGAUUAUUCUUCUUUUCUUUCUUUACCCUUUUGUCAGGGGGAGAAAAGGUUUAAAGUCACCUUUCAAUUUCUACAUCGUUCAUGUACAUGUCUUGCAAGGACUUAAUUUUGGAUACCCGGGUCGAUUAUAAGAUUGAAUGCAAAUUUUGGCCCCCUGA